UAACUAAUAAUAAUUAAUACAAGAAAAAAGUUUUUCGUAAUAUAUCUUGAUAACUUUCUUUAACUUAUUGUGUUAUACAUUUUGAUCGGCAAAUUAUUUUGAACAUUUUUUCAUGAAUGAUUUAUAAUUUAGAGAAAUUCUUUAAAAUAAUUAUUUGUUCUAUAUCAUUAAAAGAAAUGAAAAAACAUUUUGUACAGCUUUCAGCUCCGUCAUUAAAUAAUAAAGUAGAUAUAAACAUCCAGUGUUCGUUGUCUGAUAGUCAAAUAUCAAGUGACUCUGCACCUGAAUUUGAGGAAUCCACAUCAAAAAGUAAGCGUAAAAUCUUUAAAGCAAUAGAUGGUAAUAAUGGCAAACAUAAAAAAGCUAAAUUAGAAGGUAAAAACGUGCUAUCUAAUAUAUAUAAUGAAACAUCUUAUUAUUUUGAAAAUGGUCUUAGAAAAGUUUAUCCAUAUUAUUAUACUUUUACUACUCAUACAAAAGGUAGAUGGGUGGGUAGAACUUUACUUGAGGUAUUUGGUAAAGAAUUUCGUGCCCACUCUACUGAAGAAUAUGAACAUCAUAUUCAAAAAGGUUCUUUGACCAUUAAUAAUGAACAAGUUACCCCUGACUACGUGCUUCAGCAUAAUGAUUUAUUGUCAAAUACUGUUCAUAGACAUGAAGUACCAGUAACAAAAGAUCCCAUUGAUAUUAUUUAUUUAGAUAAGAAUAUUGUUGUUGUUAAUAAACCUGCUAGUAUACCUGUUCAUCCUUGUGGACGUUAUAGACAUAACACAGUUAUUUUUUUAUUAGCUAAAGAGCAUAAUUUAAAGAAUUUGAAAACUAUUCAUCGCCUCGAUAGAUUAACCAGUGGUAUUUUAUUGUUUGGUAGGACUCAAAGUAUGGCACAAAAACUUGAAGAACAAAUUCGUAAUAGAGAAGUAAAAAAGCAAUAUAUAUGUAUUGUUGAAGGCAAAUUCCCAGAAUCUAUUGAAUGUAGUGAGCCUAUUGAAGUUGUCAGCUAUAAAAUAGGAGUUUGCAAAGUAUCCUCUAAAGGAAAAAUAUGUUCUACAAAAUUUAAAUUAAUUGAUUAUAAUGAAACAUCAAAUACUAGUCUUGUUAAAUGUUAUCCAAAUUCUGGUCGAAUGCAUCAAAUUAGGGUUCAUUUACAAUAUUUAGGUCAUCCUAUUACUAAUGAUCCUCUGUAUAAUGAUGUCAUUUUUGGUCCUGAAAAAGGACGUGGAGGUAAUUUUAAUAAAUCUGAUGAAAAAUUAAUAGAAGAAUUAAUAAAAGCUCAUAAUGCUGAAAACUGGUCUAAUACUGAUGAAAAAAUUACUUCAGAGCUAGCUUCUAACAAUAAAGACACAUCAAAAGUAAAUACUAAGUUACUAAAUUAUGAUGUUGGAAAACAUACUCAUACUAUAUAUACACAAACAGAAUAUGAUCCGCCAGAUUCUAUAUUUGAUCAUAGUAAACUAUCUAUUGAUCCUUACUGUAAAGAAUGCCAAACAAAUUAUAGAGACCCAAAACCAGAAAAUCUUAUAAUGUACUUGCAUGCUUAUAAAUACAGUGGACCUGGAUGGGAAUACAAAACACAGAUGCCCAAUUGGGCUAAUUUGAACUGGAAAGAACAUUGUUAACUUAAAUUUAGUUUAUUUGAAUGCUGUUUUGAUUAACAUUAAAUGUAUUUGUUUGAUAAUUAUUAUUUAUAUCAAUUUUAAAAUACAUAAUAUAGUUUUAAAAAAAAUUUUCAUUGCUUGAUACAUUCCUCUAAUCCUGCAGACACUGUGAAGAAUAAAGCUAAAAUAUACAGGUAUUUCAGAUCUACCUGAAAAACAUUUACAACU